UCAUCAGUUCAUUGUAGAAAUUUUCCCGGCACGGACGCGCGCUCCAUAGGCAGGCGGAAAACAGUCGACGCAGCGAACGGAGUUUGCUUUUGGCUUUGCCACAGUUUCGGUUGAGGUUUCCACUCGAUUUUCAUUAGGCGACCGCAAACAGGACGCGAGCCGCAGACGUGAACGUAAACGUGGACGUGGACCCAACAAAAUGUUAACCGUGCAGCACAUUUAGGCGACAAACAAAUGAAAAACAGCUGCGCUCGCACCCGCAACCCAGCAACGGCAGGCCACAGUCCAACAGACUGAAUGACAACCUGAGCCGCAGUCGUCCAGGAGACUGCCACUGGGCCACAGAGUAGCUGGAGCAGCAGGAACAGCAGCGACAGUAGCCAUGGGUGAUCUUCAGGCAACCAUCGAAUUUUCCGUUGAGCUGCACAAGUUCUUCAAUGUGGAUCUCUUUCAACGCGGACUCUACCAGGUGCGCUGCGGCCUACGCGUUUCGCCACGCCUACCCGUCCAGGUGGAGACAAGCAUACCCGAGUCGAACAACAGCAAACCGAAUGGAACCAACGGACACGGCGCCGGCUCCAUUGAGCCAGCCAGCGAUAGCGAGCGUGAACAUGAACUGGCCUCGCCGGUGGAUGCUGCCACAGUGCCGGGCAUCGGCAGCUGCACAUCCGCGUCCAUAAUCAAUGGCAGCGGCGCUUCGCGGAUAUUCCAGAUACUCUAUCGCAACGAGGAGGUGCCGCUGCGCGAUGUCAUACACUUUCGCAGUCAUCUGUUGGUUGACAGCCGUCACCUGAAGGAGUCCAUCGAACGAGCUGAGUUCUCAUUGCAGCUGGAACUGUGGUUUGGCGAACAGAACGGCACCAGCCAGUUGACGUUGGCCUCCACACGCAACCUGCAGCUCAAUUUUCAUCCGGGACGCGGUCUGCAUUAUCAUCUACCCGUGCUGUUCGACUACUUCCACUUGGCGGCCAUCAGUGUGGGCAUUCAUGCCAGUCUUGUGGCCCUCCAUCAGCCAUAUAUCAAGAAAAGCAUAUUCUCAUUUAUAAAGUUAUGCGCGCCACGCAGCUCGAAGCCCUGGAGCGCAGGGAAGCUGAGCUGCCGUGGGAACACCUCACCGGGCCCACUGGAGGCGGUCUUCUUUGGGCCACAGAUUGGCGGCACCACCAAAUGCAGCGGUGGGCCCACCGGCCGUCUGCUGCAGUCCCGCCAGAUCCAUCGGGACAUCUGCUGCCUGCUCCUCGGCGCCAUCGAGCAACUGAAGGCGACCCUCAACGAGUUCAGCACCGUGCUGCCGCCCAGCAUCAAUUCACAGAUUGGCUCACCGCCGCUGAGGGAGAACGACACGGGGGAGCGUCUGCAGCAGCUGUUGGAACAGGCCAAGCUGCUUGAGGCGGAGGAUGACUUCGCCACGCUGGCCAACUCGGACAUAGCGCAGCUGUGCGCGGAGAACAUCUUCUGGUGGCGACGAGUGCUGCUCGCCUCCCGCUCCUCGACGGCGGUGCACACCCUGCUCGCCCGCAAGCACCACAUCUUGCGGGUGCGCCGCUUUGCCGAGGGCUUCUUUGUACUGGAACAGCCGCGUCAUGCGGCCGCCGGCUGCCUGGAGGUCAACAGCAGUCCGGGUCAUUGUCAGGGCUAUGCGGGCAUUGCGGAGCUGGCCAGACGCAGUCGCUAUCUGCAGUCGCUGCCGCCGCUGCCCGUCCACUGCACGCCCAUUGAUGGGGAUGCGGCGUCGCUGCCGCUGAUAUUUGAGGAUCGGUAUGUGGUGCCGGGUGCCAGCUAUGUGAGGCGUCGCUCCGGCAGUGAUCCGCAGCUGGAGGAGACAACUGCGGCGGGCAAGAAGAAGACACCCGAUAAGACGCACUCGAGCAGCAGUCUGAACGGCACCAAGGAUUGCCUGGCCUGUCACUUCGACUACGACUAUCCGCCGAGCAACGGCAACGGCCCGGCCCAUCCGCAUGCCAAAUGCGUGGUCACGCCCCGUUUUGCGCUGGGCGGCGAGGUGCUGCAGGCCAGCCUGACCAUAGCGCCCAGCAACAAGGAGGCACAGCCAAUUGCCCUGCGUCACAAUCUGUCCAGGCACUCGGUCACCGGCUUGCUGGAGGAUCUGGAUACCGAGGGCAAUGAGCCCACGUUGCCAACCACACGGCACAGCAAGUCGCUGGAUCAGCUGGAUGGCUGCCAGACCACCACCGAGACGCACGUGCUGGAGCCCGCCUGCAAUGGACGCCAGGUGAGCUACAACACGCUGCCCGCGGGUUUGGCCCGACUCCAGGCGGACGACCUGAUGCGCAACAUCUGCGAGUUCCGGCAGCGCUACGGGAAUGCCAGCAAAUUUGACUACUUGCACGAGAUCAAGCUGCUCAAUCCGCCCAAGCAGCAGCAGCAGCUGCAGCCACAGUCUGUGGGUAGUGGCGCCUACAAUUCGUUGCCCAAGAGCAUGUUGCCGCCACGCAACUCCUAUCCACCGCCGCCGCCCAGCCAGUACACGACCAUGCCGAGGAGCAGCAGCUCCCAGAUACCCAGAGCCGUGGAGAUAGCUCGAGUGCGUGUAUCGGACAUCAAGGAGAUGCUGCGCCAGGGUCAGGCGGCGGGCACGCUGCGCAAGGAGUCCAGCAGCUCGGAGAGCGACAUGAUGCAAAAGCUCCAGCUGCUCAGCUCGAGCAGUGUGCCCUUCCGGCUGGACGCCACAACGACAAUGAACAGCAACAACAAUACGAACAGCAGCGAUCCGAAUACGAGCGGAUUCAGCGAAUCGCUGCCUAAUUUGGCACCGCCGCCAGAAUUCGACUCGGAUGCGUGCAGACAGCGCAGCAAUUCGACCUCCUCGCUGAGCGAGGAGAGCGGCUGGGUCAGCAGCCGGCGCAGCUCGUUGGCCAUAUCCAGUCCGGAUACAAUCACCAGCACCGGGCAGCAUCAGAAGCAUCAGCGGCAAACGCAGCUCAACCUGGGCAUGGGCAUGGGCCUGGAGACGCGUCUAAAUGGCGAGCAACUGCGUCUGCGGCUCCAAAAGCUGCUGGAGCAGCAGCAGCAGCCGCAAAAGCAAACCAGAAAGCGCCAGUCGGCUGGUUCCAGCCAGAGCCGCACGCCCGCACGACAACAGCAGGAGAAGGAGAAGGAGCUGCACAAGAAGAUCUCAUCCGUGACCGUGACAAUCAGGAAGGAACGUUCACGUUUCCAACUGGAUCGGCUGCGUCAGCUGCCCAAUGGCGAGUCCACCGAGGUGGAGGACUUGGAGCGUCCACCGCCGCGGCGCAGCCGGCACAGAGGUGGCACCGCCGCCGCCAAGUGCGAGAAGUCUAAGUCCGACUUUGAUAUAACCAGCUUGAAGGAUAUGCAGCCGCUGGAUGCCGUAUGCCUGCCGCCGCCGCAGCAGUUUCAGGAUCAGGAGCAGGACCAGGUGGUUGCACCACCGCCACCCGAUGAGUUUCGCGACCCGCCACCGGAACCGGCAUCCGCUCCAGCUGCAGCUCCGAUGCCAGUGCCGGCUGCCCUGCCACUAGCCAUUCCAGCGCCGCCAGCCGUGCCCAAGUCCAAGGCCAAGUCGAUGCCCUGCCAUGUGCUGCAUGCGCCACCGGCAUCGGCUCUCAAAGAACGCCAGCCCAUCGGAGCCAUUGACAAUCCAGUGUACCACAUCUACGAGUCGCUGCGUCCCAUGUCCACGCCAGCGAUCUUCAGCAACAAGCCGGUUCUGAAAUCCCACAGCCUGGCGGAGCUCAAGCGACCACCGCAGCAUCAAUGCCAGGAGAAUGGCCUGGAUGCGGAACCGGACGAGAACAAGGAGAAUGCCAAUGGUCAAGUUGUGGGGCGUGGCAAGCAAUCAAUCGGCUCCGUCGCCAAGCACAAGCGCAAGAGUCCGCCGGCCGGCCAGGAGGCCAGUCCGAGCAUUUCGCUGCUGGAGUUUGAGAAGUGCCGCGAGGAGUUCCGCAAGCAGGUCAAGUACCAGGGCAACAUCUACUCCGACUAUGUGCAGCUGGCCUCGGAGCUGCCCUAUUUCUACAUCAGCGAUGAGUAUCGCGCCUUCUCGCCAAAUGGCAUGCACCUAGUCAUCUGUGUGCACGGACUGGAUGGCAAUUCGGCGGAUCUGCGUCUGGUGCGCACCUAUCUGGAGCUGGGUCUGCCCGGCGUCAAUCUCGAGUUUCUCAUGUCCGAGCGCAACCAGGGCGAUACCUUCUCCGACUUUGAUACCAUGACUGAUCGGCUGGUGGCCGAGAUCCUUUACCAUAUCGACAGCUGCGGCUUGAACCCGGCUCGCAUCUCGUUCGUGGCCCAUUCCCUGGGCACCAUCAUAGUGCGCAGCGCCCUGGCGCGUCCACAGAUGCGCCCCCUGCUGCCGCGCCUGCACACGUUCCUCUCGCUCUCCGGUCCACAUCUGGGCACGCUCUACAAUACCAGCGGCCUGGUCAAUAUGGGCAUGUGGUUCAUGCAAAAGUGGAAGAAGUCCGGCUCCCUGCUGCAGCUGUGCAUGCGCGACACCACAGACAUGCGCAACAGCUUCCUCUACAGGCUGAGCCAGCGGAGCACCUUGCACCACUUUAGCAACAUUCUACUGUGCGGCUCCAGCCAGGAUCGCUAUGUGCCCGCGCACUCGGCGCGCCUGGAGCUGUGCAAGGCCGCCAUGCGAGAUACCUCCUCCUUGGGCACAAUCUACAGGGAAAUGGUUCACAAUGUCAUUGCGCCCAUCCUGGCCCGGCCGGAACUGACGCUCGCCCGGUUCGAUGUACACCACGCCCUGCCACAUACGGCCAACACGCUGAUCGGAAGAGCUGCCCACAUUGCGGUGCUGGACUCGGAGCUGUUCAUCGAAAAGUUUAUGUUGAUUGCGGGCCUGAAGUACUUUAGUUAACAUGGCUAAUACAAAACCGGACUAGACUUAUCAACGGGAUAGAUUCUGAUUCUAGUAAAGUACUCGUAUUUUAAUGUUAUUUAAUAUGUAACACUAGGUUCGAUUCGGUUCGAAACACACACACAGGGUACAAUACCGUUUGACUACUUUAUCCAAGCAAGAACCAGUUUCUUCAGCCAACAAAUUUCAGCUGCAAUUCAGUUGGAAUAAGGAAUUUAUUGAAGCAAAUUGUUAGACUUGAAAUUUUUUACCAAAUCAAAUCUUUUGUAGAGAAUGGAUUACUAGUAAAUACACACACGAAA